GACCGCCGGGCGUGGCGUCUCGAUCGCGUCACGCCGUCGCCCGCCAGUGCUGCGCAGCAGCUGCGCGUGUGUACGCGUGUCACACGAUUCAACUGCUACAUUUCACCCCACAAUUUCCACAAUGUCACUCACAGAAACCAAUUUGAGGGAACAAUUGAUCAACGAGGUGAAGAAAUACGAGUGCAUCUACAACUUCAACCAUAAGGAACACAAAAAUAUCGCAUACAAGAAGUUGCUGUGGGAUAGCAUCGGAGAGACAUUGAACAUUAAAGGUUCCAAAGCGAAAGAGAUGUGGCGGGUACUACGGGACGGCUACAGCCGCUGGAGGAAAGGCAAAAUGCUAUCAAGUUCAGGCAGAAAAUACUACAACUACCGAUGGAGCAAACAAAUGGAGUUUUUGGACGAAAGCCUCGACGCUAAAGCGGCUGCAUUAGACGCGAUGCAACAGGAGUUAGAACGAUCGCCGACGCCGACGAAGAGCUUGCCUGAAACCACCAAUUCGAACGAGGAUCAGCAGUCCACUUUUGUGACCACCGAAGUUUAUAUGAAGACGACACCGUCCUCUUCGCCGUUGCGGCAGUCUCCGGAAUUGGCCCCUGCGAUGUGUUUGACACCAGAAUACUUUCCCGCGAUACAAUUUACUAAUUCUUUCACGGAGAAUCAGUCUCAGCCCCCUACCUCAUCUUCUAGAACGAAAAGAAAGAAACAGGGCAGUUGCUUUAAAGAGGGCCGAGCAGAAAAAGCGAUGGAUUAUCCCAGAACUAAGAAGAUGAGGGAAUAUGACUCUGUCGACUUUCUGUUCUCGAGCUACGCGGAAACUUUCAGAAAGCUGUCUCACCGUAAGCAGAUAGAAAUGAAAUUGAAUCUAGCGAAAAUUUUCGCUGAUGCAGAGUUAAGUGAUUAUGUGGAAAUGGAAGUGCCACACGGUGGCCCAGAGCUGGAAGUGCCGAUUAAAGAAGAGUAUGAUUGUUGACCAC